CACGUGGACACGGGUCAACUAGGUUCCAUGGGCGUUGGUCAAGGGGGUCCUCGGGAUGUUGGUCAACGGGGGUCCCGGGGACGUUGGUCAAUGGGGUUGCGUUGGUCAAUGGGGUCUGUGGGUGUUGGUCAACGGGGUCCUCGGGAUGUUGGUCAACGGGGUCCCGGGGACGUUGGUCAAUGGGGUCCUCGGGACAUUGGUCAACGGGGUCACGUGGACACUAGUCAACUAGGUUCCAUGGGCAUUGGUCAACGGGGUGUGUGGGCAUUGGUCAAUGGGGUCCCAUGGGUGUUGGUCAACGGGGUCUGUGCGCAUUGGUCAACGGGGUCCUCAGGACGUUGGUCAAUGGGGUCUGUGGGUGUUGGUCAACGGGGUCCUCGGGAUGUUGGUCAACGGGGUCCCGGGGACGUUGGUCAAUGGGGUCCCAUGGAUGUUGGUCAAUGGGGUUCUGUAGACGUUGGUCAAUGGGCUCCUAUGGGUGUUGGUCUACUGGGUUCCCAUGGGUUUUGGUCAACUGGGUCCCAUGGACAUCAUCAACUGGUUGCUUGGGGUCAGUGGGGUCCUAUGGACGUUGGCCAACUGGGUUCUAUGGACAUUGAUCUACUGGGUCCUGUGGAUGUUGGUCAACUGGGUCCUAUGGAUGUUGGUCAACAGGGUCCUGUGGUUGUUGGUCAACGGGGUCCCAUGGGUGUUGGUCAACGGGGUCCUUGGGAUGUGGUCACCUGGGUUCUGUGGACAUUGGUCAACUGGGGUCUGUGGACAUUGGUCUACUGGGUUCCCAUGGGUGUUGGUCAACUGGGUCCUUGGGACGUGGUCACCUGGGUUCUGUGGACAUUGGUCUACUGGGUCUCAUGGGUGUUGGUCAACUGGGUCCCAUGGACGUUGGCCAACUGGGUUCUAUGGACAUUGAUCUACUGGGUCCUAUGGACAUUGGUCAAUGGGGUCCUCGGGAUGUUGGUCAAUGGGGUCCCAUGGGUGUUGGUCAACUGGGUCCCAUGGACAUUGGUCUAUGGGGUCCUGUGGAUGUUGGUCAACGGGGUCAUUGGGACAUUGGUCUACUGGGUCCUGUGGUUGUUGGUCAACGGGGUCCUUGGGACGUUGUCACCUGGGGUCUAUGGAUGUUGGUCAACGAGGUCCUUGGGACGUGGUCACCUGGGUUCUGUGGACAUUGGUCUACUGGGUCCCAUGGGUGUUGGUCAACUGGGUCCCAUCGGUCAACUGGAUCCCAAUGACAUCAUCAGCCGGAUCCCAAUGACAUCAUCAGCCGGAUCCCAAUGACAUCAUCAACUGGGUCCCAUGGACAUCGGUCAGCGGGGUCCCGUUGGUAUUGGUCAGCUGGGUCCCAUUGAUCAACCAGCUCCCUAUGACAUCAUCAGCCGGGUCCCAAUGACAUCAUCACCCAGAUCCCUAUGACAUCAUCAA